CUAUCUUUAAUGAUCUAAGAAGGCAACCGAUUCUUUAAAUAUACCGCGAUGACUGAAACUACUCAGGAUGUAUCCAGAAAAGCAGCUCCAGCUCCUACUCUCCAUCAUCUCACCUCCUCUCAGUCGCUGCGUAUCCUCUGGGCGCUCGAAGAACUCGCCCAGGCCACGUCGCAGCCCUUUACGGUGAAAGUGUACCAACGCAUCAAAGGACGCGCACCACCAGAGCUCCAACAGAUCUUCCCCCUGGGGAAGAGUCCAAUCCUGGAGAUUCCCUCAAGCUUAGGGGAAACCGCCGAGUAUAGGCCCAUCCCAUUCCUCACGACAGCCAACAACAGCACCAUCGUGGCCGAAAGCCGUCUCAUCCUGCACUUUCUCUCCGACCACUACGCAGGGGACCUGUGGAGAGCCUCUUCGGCCGACGAGCAGCUGACAGAUACCUUCUUCCAGGAGUUUGCGACCUGCACGCUCGCCCCGACGAUGGAUCGCAUCGUGACUUUUGAUCUGAUCGCGUCCAAUGCACCCCUCCCCGCUCGACCGCUCACCUGGGCAGUCUUCACGCCGCUGGUGCGGAUGUUCCUCAAGGACCUCGCUGCCCCCUUUGCCCUGAUGGAGCAGACCCUCGCGAGCGGGAGGGCCUGGUUCGGCGGCGAAGAGAAGCUGGGCCUCUCGGAUUUCCUGCUCAGUUGGCCGAUGGACGUGGCGAUGCAGAGGGGGUAUCUCGACUCCAGGAAAUACCCUCGUCUUGCAGAGUGGGUGGAGCGAGUGCAUUCUCGAGAGGCGUACCGGCGGGCUGUGAAGAGGGCGAGCUAUGAUCUGGUCAAAUAUGAUCUGUAGUCUAUCAUUUGGCUUCAGAUUUUAGUAUAACUCUUCAGAUCUAAACUUCUUCCCUUUGUUAGCUUCUAUCUUCUCUUCCAGAUCUGAUGUUCUAUUGACAUCUGUUUUUUUUUUUUUUUUU